CUCUCCUAUAAAGCCAAAUAACCUUUAUUACUAUAUACCCCCAACGACCUCAACACUGGUCUCGAUCAAAUCGACUACUUUUCUCCACAACCUGAACUCACAUUCAUCCAUAUCAAGAUCCGAACGAAUUACAAGAUAAUUCACUCAAAAUGAUAAUCGAUAUAGUGAUGCAAGUUGCUCUAAUUCUCAUCACCCUCUUCAUGUUCCUAUGGAUGCAAAAGAUCCCUCAAAAUCUCUUCACCAAAUUCCGUUACAGAAACCGAUCCAGCUACUCCGCCAAGCGUCACUUCAUCAUCGGCGCUCAGCUAUUGGCUAAAUCCAGAUCUACCAAAGACCGAUCGUCCGCCGUUAAACUAGCCAAAACCGCCGCCGAAGAAGCUGACAAAUCCAUCGCUCUCGAUCCAAAGGACGCCGCGUCACACAUACUCAAAGCCCUAGCUCUCGAUGUGCAAGGUUUUGGCACAUCGGCUUUGGAAGCGCUGGAUGUCGCGCUGUCGCCAUUGACGUCGAAGUCGUUGAGCAGCGAAGAGAGAGGAGAUGCGUUGUUGAAGAGGGCAGAGAUCAAAAUUAAGGGUAGUAAGAGAGGGCUAGUUGACUCAGCGAUUGAUGAUCUGCAGCAAUCAGUGAAGUUGAAAGGGGAUAAAGCGACGGCGUUUCGGUUGUUGGGAGAGUGUUAUGAGAAGAAAGAAAUGAAGGAGGAAGCGGUGGAGGCGUAUGAAGGUGCACUCAAGGUUGACCCCAAGUGUACUCCGGCUCAAGAUGCAUUGAAUCGAUUGGGUUCAAGUUCAAUUUCAACACAGUGAGAUCUAACAAGUAGGGACAAAAAUUCGUACUUUUUAUCUUCCAUUUUAUGAUAUAAAUGCUUCUUUUUCUUUUCAAUCAAAUGACAGCCGAAAGAACACACAAUAUUCAGCCACAAAUCUCAUCUUUUCGUGCACUCUAUCUAAGUUAAUUCCUUUGCUAUUGUUGUAUACUCUUGAAAAUCUUUCUGAUAAAGGAGUAGGCUUCUUAUAUAUAUACAUUUGGGAAAUGGUAAUUGAAGAAUAGUUGUUAAUUGAA